UAGAAAUUUUCAUAUUGAUCCGCAAACUUGAAUCUAUCUGCUUGUAAGAACUUACAGACCUAAAAUACAGAACUGGGUUCUACAUGAUACGCUAGCUUAACUAUGAAUAAACUCCCAUUACGUCAAAUUUCAAUCUUGCCCACUUCAAUUCCUAAAGAACCCACCUUUACAAAACCCUCAGUUUAUGUGAAACUGGAAACAAGGAAUUGGAACCCAAUUCCUAUUCCCCACAGAACCAUUCCUGAACCCAAAGGCCAAGACCUUGAUUUUGUUAAUGUUGUAAACAGCCAUUUGAUUCACUCUGACUGGGCCAAGCUCAACUCUUUAGCCAAUGGUCUAACUGCUUUCAGAGUGAAACAUGUUUUCCUGAAAGUUCAGAAAGACUAUGUUGUUUCCCUUGAGUUUUUCAACUGGGUUGGAACUCACAAACCGACUUCACUUACCCUCGAAACACAUUCCAUGAUUCUCCACAUUCUCACCAAGUAUCGAAAGUUCAAGUCUGCCGAGUCGAUUUUGAGGAAGAUUCUUGUGCCAGGGAACAUAGACUUGCCUUCCAAGCUGUUUGAGGCGAUACUGUAUUCGUACCGCUCGUGUGAUUCCUCUCCUCGGGUUUUUGACUCGCUUUUCAAGACAUUUGCGCAUAUGAAGAAGUUUAGGAAUGCCACAGACACGUUUUGUAGGAUGAAGGAUUAUGGGUUUUACCCGACGGUUGAGUCUUGCAAUGCAUAUGUGAGCUCAUUGCUUGAUUUGAAUAGAGCUGAUGUUGCUUUGGCGUUCUAUAGAGAAAUGAGGCGGUGUCGGAUUUCACCAAAUGUUUAUACUCUUAAUAUGGUUAUGUGUGCUUACUGUAGAGUGGGGAAAUUAGAGAAUGCUGUUGAGGUCCUUGAGAAGAUGGAGAGCAUGGGUUUCAGUGCCACCGUUGUGUCGUAUAAUACACUGAUUGCAGGACAUUGCAAUAAGGGUCUUCUGAGUUCUGCUGUGAAGUUCAAAAACUUGAUGGUGAAGAAUGGAUUGCACCCGAGUGUGGUAACUUUUAACACGCUUAUUGAUGGGUUCUGUAAGCAAGGUAAACUACCAGAAGCAAAUAUAAUUUUUAGUGAGAUGAAAGCUGCAAAUGUGGCUCCUAAUACAGUAACCUAUAAUACCCUGAUAAAUGGGUAUGGUCAAGCAGGUAAUAGUGAGAUGGGUAGUAGGCUUUUUGAGGAGAUGUCGAAGAAUCGAGUAAGUGCUGAUAUUCUGACUUAUAAUGGACUGAUUUUGGGACUAUGCAAGGAGGGUAAAACGAAGAAAGCUGCAUAUCUGGUAAAAGAGCUUGACAGUAAGAACUUUGUCCCAAAUGCCUCAACCUUUUCUGCCCUUGUUGGUGGGGAGUGUGUGAGAAAGAACUCAGAUCGUGCUUUUCUGUUGUAUAAAAGCAUGGUCAGGAGCGGCUAUCAUCCUGAUGAACAUACUUUUAAGAUGUUGUUGUCUAGUUUUUGCAAUAAUAGGGAUUUUGAUGGAGCAGUGGAAAUCUUGAAAGAAAUGUUUGAGAGAAAUUUUGUUCCUGAUUCAGAUAUCGUAUCUGAUCUUUGUCUGGGACUUAGACGUUGCGGGAAAGGAAAAUUGGUAGAAUUGCUAUGCCGAGAGAUGGAAUCUAGACGCCUCAUACCUCAAGAUUUUGACAUGGCUAAGAUUAUCUGCUGUGGAGAAGAGAAUGAGAAUGCAGAAGUAGGAAACAUGUAAAUUCUAAACAAUGUUUUCCUUGUAACAGUCAAAAUAUAAGCUUCUAAAUAGUGUCUAACUUCAGUUUGU